CCAAGCCCGACGCCAUAAAGACGUAGCAGCGCCCGCUUGCGUACUCCGUAUUCCCUUUGAAUUCAGCUUUCUCUUAAAUCUCAAUUCCAACUUUAGUCUUUCGCUAAUAGCUAUGCGCACUUGUGCAUUUCUGUCGCUGGCCAUUGGCCUCAUUGGCGCGGCUGCCAGCCCAUGCAAGCCGCUGACAUCGGCUUCAGUCGUCACCUCUGCAACUUUGACGUCAAGUGUCGUUGUACCCACUGUGUCUACCUCUGUUGAAUCCGCUGUCACUGAGACGUCAACUUCGACCGAGUCUUUGGUCACUGAUACUGCGACAACUGCUGCGGACUCAACCACUGCUUUGACCGCCACGUCUGCCGAUUCAACAACACUCUUCACAACAGAGACUUCCGCUGCUAUAACCGAUUUCUCGUCCACCGAGACCACAGCCGAUACAACCACCGCCGACGCAACAACCACAACAUCCGACGCCCCUCCCGUUAUCACCACCUUCGCCAUCAUCGCCGGCUCCGGCCCCGCAGCAAACCGCAACCUCAAAUCCGACAACCUCGUCGGUGGUCUCCUCUACCUCGGCUCAGGCAUCACCCUCCCCGCGCAGCACUACAAUUUCGAUGCCACCACAGGCCAGAUCAAAUCCGGCACCGUGUCCCUCUGUGCAACGUUCCAGAACAGCGACGCGGACAAGGCCUACCUCUCCCCAUGUAACAGCGCCAAUGAGGAUCUCAGCAAGGGUGUCGUGUUUCUGACCUGCCAGGGCCCUACUGAAGGAUCUGCCCUCCAGUGCAGCGUUCCGAGGGUGAGGUGUGUCCAGCUAGGUGGUGGUGUGCAGACUUGUGCUGCGACGACGGCUACGUUGAGUCAUUUUAGUAUGGAGGGUGAUGUCGGGAUGGUGUAUAUUGUUGGUGAUGGGUUUACGGGUGUCAAUCAGACGCCUGUUGAUCUGAUUAUUGACCAGGCGGAGGUUGCUGCUCCGACACCUUGAGCUUUGGUGGGAAUGUGAGGAAAGUGCAAUGAUUGCCAUUUUGCCCGUAAGCGUGUUGUCUAAAUUUCCUGUAUAUAGUUUUUUAUCAUCAACGGAGUGGAUAUACUUGAAUGGAGAAGACUCUUGUCAGGUAUGCCGUUGAUAUAUCAGCAAUUCGACUUGAUUGUUGUUUCUUUGACCAUCAUCACGGCCUCGUUUAAUGGUAUAUAGUCACUAAUAGCUCGGUAUGAUUACUGCAUGCUUGUCCAUUCCAG